CCCAAAGCAAACAGUCAGUCGCCAGCCAGUAAUCCACUAGAGCGCGUUCGGGCACGGACAAGUGUUAGAGACAAGUCUGGUCUCAGAUCACACAAAAUUCCAAAAAAAAAAAGUAUAGUGAGAAAAGCAAGAAGAGAAACAAAUCGGCAUUUAGUAAAUCCAAAAUCAACCAGACGUCGAAGCGCGACUCAAACGGAAAAACCCGAACCCCGUUUUGUCUGUUUUUCCGGCUCUGGAGAGCCCCGCGUGGAACUGCCAACCGAAAUGAGCUCGGACCAAGGGCCACUCUUGGCCAAAAGAGGACGGCAUGGCCUGCUGUCCGCUCUCCUGCUGAUUUGCCUCGCCGGCCAGACGGCGGCCCAGUCCAAUUACGUGCAGCAUGGAGACAGCGGUAACUACACCACCAACGGAUUGCCCGAGGAGGCGACACUGGACGGCAAGGUUACCAAACUGGACGACAUCAGUCCACUGAUUUUCCUCAACCGAACGAAGGCCGCUCUCAAUUGCGCCGCCGGUUCCAUGCAGGUUGAUCUCAAGUUCAACGAUCCCUUCCAUGGCAUUAUCCAGGCUGACUAUGAUCGCAGUAGUGCGUGCCGCGUUAGUGGAAAGGGAGCCCUCAGCUACCGACUCGAGUUGCCGCUCAAGGGAUGCGGUACCAUCCAGAACCCCACCCGUGUGUUCACCAACAACAUCAUUGUUCGAUUCCACGCCAAUCUGGAAAUGGACGGCGACGAGAUCAUCACGAUAGUCUGCCGCUAUCCACCUCCAGUUCCCUCGCUUCCACCUGCACUGCCGGCUCCAAUCCUGAACCCGAUCGCCACCAGUUCUGUGCUGCAGCCGCCGCUGAAGAGCAUCCAGAUCCUGAUGAUCAUCUGCGCCAUCAUGUUCCUUACGCUCCUCCUUCUGGGACUCGCCGUUUCCUACUACUGUCUGCGCAGUCGGUCAAUUCCGGUGGUACGUCGCCUGCCGAUGAGCAUGGGCAGCGGAUCGGAGAUCACCAAGCUGAGUGGCAGCAGUGUGGGUAACAUCAGUGCGUUCGAGGGCGUCAAGAUCCCCAGAGCCCAUGCCGCCCUGCAGGCAGUAUACAGCUCUUCGGGCAGCGAAGGUGCACUGAUACCCUCCGACUAUCCCAGUGAAUCGCACUCGGAGAUCGAGGAGAUCGAUACGAGAUCACUGCCCUUUAGCUCAGCGGGCAGCUUCGAGAAUCGCGCCUUUGUCCACGAAACCUCCAGCAUCUACAGUGAUCACUAUGCUCCGGCUCAGGAGAUGCCGUCCGCGAAUGCGGUGAUGACCACCACCUCGGUGACCCGCCACUCGAUUCCCAUACAGGAGGCAGUGGCCGCCGUGGAUUCGCCCAAAUUCGAUGUCCAAGUGCGCGUGAAGAAGUCACCACCCCCACCUCCAUCCCCAGUGACCUCGGAUACGGAGAGUGUGGCCACUUUGCGUCCGGAUCGCAACAAUCUUUCGACCAUCAUGGAGGCCUACGAGGAUCGCGAGAGCGUGCUCACCAUGGACUCCCUGCCGCCGCAGGUCGAGACGAUGCACUCGCAGUUCACCUAUGUUCCCGAACUCCAUCCAGCACCGCAAGCACCCCAAUCUAUUCCCCUCCCGCCGCCGGCUGUCGUCGAACCCAAGUUCUCCGUGUACACACGAACCCAUCACGAGGUGGUGGAUGGUCGCCCAGAGACCUGGUCCGAUUACACCGACGGCCCGGCGCCCAGUGAGAUCACGGACUUGUCCUCUGAGGCACCUGACAAGACUGUGGAAACGAUGCACUACUACGAGGAUGAAUUCAUGCCGGCGUUGGAGCCACCGGUGACCUCGCACACCGUCGACGAUGUCUACCUGCGCACGGUGACUGAAAAGAAGACAAUCGAGGACAUCGAGAGCCACAAGCGUAGGGUCACGGAGUACAAGAGCAAGCCGAGGGCACCACUGCCGCCGCCACCACCACCACCGCAAGUGGAUCCCAAGUUCGAUGUGCGGGUGCGCAACUAUCCUGGCGACCGGGAGCAGCAGCUGUGGGAGAACUUCUCGGACAUAUCCAGUGCCUCUGGACUGACCCUAACGCCCAAGAUGGAGCGCAGCGAGCUCAGUCUGCCGCCGGCGGAGCUACCAGCUCAGAUCCACGACAACAAGCUAAAGCUCACCAGUCCGGAGCUGGUGGGCAACAUGAAGCCGAUCGAGGUGCCGCCACAGGACAAGGAUGUGCCCAACUGGGACGUGCUGAUCCGUAUCCUAGAGGAGCCCGAGAUGUCGGAGGUGGGCCAAGACGACGUGAGCUCCGUGCACAAUCUGACCUACGACGAUCGGGCCAAGUGGAAGGAGAUCAUCACCACCCAAUCCUCGCUGCGCACCAUGCUCACCGAGGCGGUGGUGAGGGAGGACUUCGAGCGGAUUCGUCAGGACACCCGGUACGAGCGCAUGUUCGAGCCACAGACCUGGGACGUGAUCAUUCGCAUCCUGGCUCCGCCCGGCGACGAUGAUCCCGACGUGGAGAUGCGCACGCCAAGGCGCGGCAAGAAGGCAUCACCGCAGCCAUGGGACACCCGCUCCCGUCGCAGCUCGCUGCCCACGCUCUACGAGUACGACAGCGAUGGUGGAUCGAGCGUGCGGACCAUCCGCAACGAUCCGGGCAUGUCCGGCAUGCUGAUGACAGGCGCAGGACCUGGCGGGGCACCUGGCGGACCCUUCAAUAUGCAGCGAUCGCGUCGCAGUUCGCGCACCUCCUACCAGACCGACCACAACGACUUCCGCUCGAUGUCCGAGGUGACCGUCGACUUUGGGCGCCCGCACCAGGUGGACCAUCCGGACAACGUGAGCGACGCCAGCAGCUACUACAGGAUGCAGUACUACGACGACGACGAUCGGCGCUCCUUCCACCGCUCCCUCAGCCAUCCCUCGCUGGCCCGAUCCGCCAGCGAGUUCACCGAGCACUGGACUGCGCCCGACGAGAUGGAGGUCUCCUCCCCGGAGGGCACUCCGCACACUCGCCGCGCCCGACAGCCCCUGUCGUCGAAUCAAGUGGCCUUAGCCACCGGCAGGAGCGGCGAACGUGUGCUGUCCCAGACCCAGACGCAGAGUGAAUACGUGGAGACCCAUCGGAGGGUCUACCAUGCGGAGAAGGAGAUGCCCUUGCCUCCACGCAAGUGGUGAACGGAUUGGAAGACAACGCCCAUUGAAACUAACAAUCGAUAUAGCACAAAACAUCCAGAUGAGCCACCCAUUGUCCCAUCAGGAGCGAGUAAUCGAGGGCAGUUCAGCCAGUUUCGAGAAUGCCCCUUACAUGUAAUUCGAAUCAAUGGGUCAUAUAUGCAUGAGUACUCAAUAACCUUACAAUAAUUAACAAACGUGCCAAUUACAAUUGCCUGACAAAGUAGCCACUAUAAAGAAAAAUCUGAUUGUCAGUUCGAAGCGUAUGAUGAUUUAGUUUUCGGUUUUCUGAUUAUUAUUUUCUUUUUUUUAUCGUAAUUUUGAAAUUCAUUUCCCAGUGGUAUCAACUCCAUUCGAUUCGUGUGUUCUGCACUCCCAACUGAGAUUUCGCAUUUAAUCAAAGAUGUUCAAAGAUGAGUGAAAAGAGCAGGGUAGUUAAUUAACCAGAUGGUUACAAUUCUAGCUAAAUGUGUUCUUUAAAUGUUACGCUGCCGUUCGAUAGGAAAUUUGUAUGAGCAGUCACAACUUCUCAACUUAUCGUCAAAAUUAGUUGAUCGCAAGUCCAAUACUUUCUAGUUACAAAUGUAUAUAUAAACAAACUGCCACAUGCACACGAUUGAGUUUUGAACAGAUUCGAGGAUCCUUCAGUCUUUAAAAAUAUACAUAUACACUAUGGUAGUUGGGAUAGAUACAUACACAGGUUUGAAAUAAAAGUAUUACUACUGAUUAGUAUUCUUCUCGAUACACUGCAUAUUGGAAUUGAAUACGAGUAGCCUAAUGUUGGGGUAUCCUAAUUGAACAAAUGACACAAGUAGAUUGCAAAUCCACGAUGAAUCGGAUGCACACACGAUAUACUUUCUCAUGAUAAUCAAUUUUCGCGUAACAUAGUACUAAUCCGUCCAAGACAUAUACUAUAAGUUUAAUUGAUAAAUAAUAAUUGUCGCGAAAUCAGCGAAAGCGACAUGCUACAGCCGUAUAAACAAACUUACAUAUUUAAUUCGCUUUUUGGCUGGGCAAGCCUUCCAAAAUGUGUAUAAUCUAAAACAAUUUGAAAUAAAUUAUAAAUAAAUAAAAUACCCACUAACAAA